AGAGAGAGAAGCCGGUGAAAACUUCUCCCAUCGCGGCCAAAACCUUCUGAUUUUACUUAAAAAACAAUUAAACUCCGGGAAAUUCGGUUUGCAGUGGAUUUUGACGGAUGCGCACCGGAGCUAUCCAGGGGUGUAGCCGCGGUUCCCGUCGUGCGUCUUUGCGCUGUUAGAGGUGGUGUGUGACUGAGUGUGUGUGAGAGAGGAGGAUACAGAUAGAGGUGGAGGAUCAGCCGGAGUGGCCGACCAGCCAGAAGGAUGCUGGAGGGCAAUGCCUGCAGAAAGAGAGGAUGAGAUUUGUCGAAAGGCGCUGGAACUGCUCUCGGACCUUUGCUCCAAGGGAGAGGUGCAGGACGACAACUGCCUGGAUUUCAUUUACUACUUCAGGGAUCUGGCCAGACCCCGUUACACGGACUCAGAUGUAUCGGUGAGCCUGUUGUCUCUGCUGGUGACCACCUGCGGUCUGGCUCUCUUCAGUGUCUCCCUCUUUGUCUCAUGGAAGCUGUGCUGGGUGCCACUAAGUGGUCGUUUCCUCCCAGAUGUCCUCAAGGGGGCACACUUCUUGGGAGGAGACCAACAACCUGUCCUCACAGAGGUGGACGGGGAGGAAAGGGAAUACAGUGAAGAUGGCUGUGUGAAGGAGCCUUCGGGGCCCCCUUCGGGUGUGCCUGUCCCUGAGUCGGCCUUGAAGAUAAGCCACACAUCACCUGACAUCCCACUGGAGACGCAAACUAAGGUGGAGAAAAACCAUGCUCACACUCUGGCCAGGGACAGGGUUCAGAGACAGAUUACUGAACCUACCUCUUCUGACAAUGUGGACCUUGGAGAGCUGAUGUUCUCACUGUGCUAUCUCCCGACGGCUGGCAGGCUUACCAUCACAAUUAUCAAAGCCAGAAACCUCAAAGCCAUGGACAUCACUGGAGCCUCAGAUCCAUAUGUGAAAGUGUCUCUGAUGUGUGAUGGUCGAAGGCUAAAGAAGAGAAAGACAUCGACUAAGCGUAACACUCUGAAUCCAGUGUACAAUGAGGCCAUUGUGUUUGAUGUUCCUCCUGAGAGCAUUGACCAGAUCAGCCUGCUAAUAGCUGUCAUGGACUAUGAUCGGGUUGGGCAUAAUGAAGUGAUCGGGGUAUGCAGGGUAGGCAGUGAGGCCGAGAGUCUUGGGCGAGACCACUGGAGUGAGAUGCUGACGUACCCACGGAAGCCAAUCGCACACUGGCACCCGCUCGUAGAGUGGGUCGGACAAGGAGCGACGGUGAGUGGAAGCCAAGGAGGAUCCACCAAUUCCCUGAAGACACCACCGUCACCAUAACCACACACACACACACACACCAGUAUACUCACACCAACACACACAGACACACACAGAUAUAGAGCCUCAGGGUGGUAGAACAACAGGCCAACAGACAGUCCUACUUAAUGUUAAAACAUACAGUACAAAGUGUGGCUAAGAAGUGGCUGCAGCAGUGGGCUAACAUCAGCUAUAAGCCAAUACUCAAACUGUGUGUCAUUAGAUUGAACUAGGUGUUAGUGUGCUAAGGCUGGAGCAAAGUCUGAUUCCCACUUCCUCUUGUGUCUUCACAACCAAAUAAACACUUAACUACAUUCCAACUAAACUAGUACAGUGCUUAUUGAGCUGUUACUGACAGUAUUAACAGAUUAUCUAACAGAUUAAGCUUAUGCCUCUUUUUCGUUUAUAGGAAAAUUGCAGUUUGUGGACCAAAAUAUUCUAUUUUUAGGUGAAUAUGCACAGCUGUGACGGUUGAUUUGUGCAAGUGAUCAGCUAUCGUAGGCAACAUAUUUGCUCAAUAGUAGGAUUUAGAAAGGCGAGUUGCAGAAUUAGAAAGCAUCACUGUUCAGAUCAACACAUUUCAGCUCUUUUAAAAGUUUUAUUUGUUGUGUUGAAGAUUCAUUCUCAUCAUGCGUUUGGUUAUAUCGUGUGUGUUGCCGUUAUCAGCGGCAGCCGGAGCAGACACGAACAGAGGAGAUUCAAAUGGCAAACCUUAGUUUUACUUCACUGGGCGAAGACGAUUUCCUGUUAAGAAGUAAAACUGAAGAGGAUUUGAUUUGAUCCAAGAAUUUGUAAAAUGUCAGAAUGAACAUUUUUAGUGCAUGUUAAAUUGGCAUCCUUUUUUUUAACAGGGUGUGGUCAUAAUAAAGGAAACAUAAGUUGUCAUCAGUGGAAAAAGGGCAGUCCACUCAUCUCAUCUAAGGCAAAUGAAUUAUGAUUGUUUUUAGACAUGAUCCUGAUAACCAGACAUAAGUGUCAUCAUUACUUACUAAUGUUAUUUGGCUUUACAAGAAUUUACAAUUACAAUUUCAGCACAAACAUUAAUAACAUGAAAUAAAAGUUUUACAUUAAACUGUACGACUUAUGGUUGACACUGUACUGUACUUGGUGUCUCGUCUGUCAUGGCUACUUUUGGAAAAUGUUUUACACUUUUGCAGAUAAAUGCUGACUGAAGGUUUUGACUGUUUUUAAAGCUGUUGCGCUGGAAACAGCUGCGCGCUUCUGCUGGAAACAAGACUGAUGAGCCAUGAAAACAAAACAUAAACAGGAAUCUGUGGACUGUAAGAUCUAAAGAAGUUCCACGGAGCAAAAGGGGGUUGUAAACUUCAGUUGUUAUUUUCAGUAGCUAAGGCAGGGGUCCCCAACUCCAGACCUUGAGGGCCGGCGUCCUGCAAGGUGAAUGGAAAGGGUCUUUUACAGGAGGCAUUACUGCCAACAUGGGCUCAGUUUGCUUCAACAUGCUGAAUUUAGGCGAUCUAAAUACUCUGAAUAAACAGCUGGCUUGUUGUAGUUUGUCUGAUUAUGUGACUGCUCGUGUUUUUCUGUCCCCUGUAGUGAUGUCACCAUGUUCCCAGAUGCUACAAAAAAAUAUAACCCAUGUUGUAACAAAUCAGUUAUCCUUAGGGACUACACAAUGACUGCAGAUGUUAUUGUGCAACCCCUUUGGGACUCCUUUGUGCCUUUUUAAUGUGCUUUGCCAUUUUGAUAUUCAGUGUUCCAAUUUAGAGAGGUGCUUAGAAGACCAUAAAGGUGGUAACUCUUAAUAAUUUGCGAGAAGUGAGGAGCUUUUGCGAUUAAAGGGGUCCUAUAAAUUUUUUUGUUUGUUUUCUGUUAUAUACAGAAUAUACAAUAAGAGAUGUUUAUAAUAAAGAUGGCCAACAUUUAAAAUAGUAAUCCCUGUGUGCCAAAAGAUGUAUCUGUUCUUAGAUCUGUAUGAUGUCAGACAGAGGGGAUCUCCAUAAUGUGGUCAUUUUAGCACACAGCUCUGACAGUUCAAGUGAUUCCUUAUGAGGGGCAGCCAAUCAGAAGAAAUCUGGCUGAAAGGGAGGAGCUAAAAAGGUUUGUUUCAGACAAUGCAUGAAUUGAGAUGGUUUUAAAACUUUGAUUCAUGCAAAGCUACUUUAGUAAAGUCUGAUAAAAUAAAACAAAGCUGGCAAUGAGCAUUACAGGUCCCAUUUAAGUUAAUUGAAUGAUUCCACAGUGAAGCUGCCCUGUCCCACUGUUAUGACACUCAAUGUUGCUUUUCUUUAACUGGAACCAUACUCUGUGGUAGUAAUUUAAUAAGCCAGUGUUUGUUUGUUUUCUAACUAAAAUCUGUUUAAAUUCAGAUUAAUACCAGUAUUGUUUAUGGCUCGGUAUUGGACACUGUCACGGAUAACAGUUUCUUCUGUGUUUGUAGGUACCAUGCAUGCGUCCUUUUUUUCAUGAGUCAUUUUUAAUAAAUAUCUUUUUUGUUGUGAGAUACUAAUCAUAUUGUAAACACGAGAUGUAUUAUGAACCUAAGGCAGAGUGUGUACAUUGUCCAUUCAGAUGUUAUUAAUAAAUAUUUCUAUAUAUA